AUGGGACGACUGUGGAUUAAUGCACUUCGUGUAAAUUGGCUAGAAGUUCGGCAGCAGUCAGACGGUUCUUCACAACUACAAGUCAUCCUGGACAAGAAUGAAGAGGUUUUCCGUGAGGCUAGGACAGUGCAGUAUGCUAUUCGUGACAAAGUCGAGGCUGACCUGGAUGCGUUGGUCAAAAGUGGUGUUUUGGAACCAGUCAACACCAGCGAAUGGGCGACACCAAUUGUGCCGGUUCCGAAAAAGAAUGGCGGAAUUCGCACAUGUGCCGAUUUUAAAGUGACUUUGAAUCCGGUGCUUUGUGUGGAGCAGUACCCACUUCCAUUGAUCGAUGAUUUGUUUGCAGGUCUGAGCGGUGGUCAAAAAUUCAGCAAAAUUGACCUCAACCAAGCUUAUCUGCAGAUGCAUGUGGAUGAAGAAUCACGGGAGUGGCUGACAAUUAACACGCACAAGGGACUUUUCAGAUAUUGCAGAUUACCUUUUGGCAUCACAUCUGCUCCUGCUCUGUUUCAACGGGCUAUGGAUCAAAUUUUGAGUGAAUUGCCAGGAGUACAAUGUUACUUGGAUGACAUUCUCUGCACCGGUGCCGACGAGGAGCAUCUUCGCAACCUGGAUGCUGUCUUAAAAAGGCUAAGGCAGUAUGGUCUUCGAGUGCGCAAGGAUAAAUGUGAAUUUUUGAGACCAUCGGUGGAGUAUCUCGGGCAUGUGAUAGACCACGAAGGACUACUCAAGGCUCCAUCAAAGACAAAGGCAAUUGUGGAUGCAACCGCCCCAGAAAAUGUGAGUCAGCUUAGAUCUUUUUUAGGUCUAUUGAACUAUUAUAGACGGUUUAUUCCCAAUUUGGCAUCACUUCUUAAACCAUUGCAUGAGCUGUUGUGCAAAGAUGUAAAAUGGAAAUGGACGAAUGAGUGUAACAAAGCUUUUCGAAAUGCAAAAAACGCCCUGAUUUCAUCAGAGGUUCUCACUCAUUUCAACCCUUCAUAUCCAAUACAGCUGGCAUGUGAUGCUUCACCCUAUGGGGUGGGUUCUGUCAUCUCCCACGUGUUCCCGAACGGAGAUGAAAGACCAAUUGCUUUCGCAUCGAGAACACUUAACAAAGCAGAGUCAAACUAUGCUCAAUUGGAACGAGAAGCAUUGAGCAUUAUUUUUGGUGUGAGGAAGUUCCACCAAUAUUUGUAUGGAAGGAAGUUUACUCUGUUAAAGGAUCACAGACCACUGACAACGAUUUUGGGACCUCUUGCAGGAAUCCCUUCACUGGCUGCUGCACGUCUUCAGAGGUGGGCUUUGUUGUUAUCAGCUCACUCAUACGACAUCAAGUAUCGUAAAUCUGAUUUGCAUUGCAAUGCUGAUGGACUUUCGAGGUUGCCGCUUCCUGUCACAAAACAUGAACCUACCUCAGUGGACAUAUUCUAUUUCCGAAAUGUUGAACAUGCACCAAUUUCAGCGUCGCAAGUGAAACGUGCAACUCGGAACGACCCCGACCUGUCAGUCGUCAUGGACAUGGUCAUUAAAGGACAAACCAAGUGUGAGAACACCGCUCUCAAACCUUUUUUGGAUAGGAGGUGGGAACUUUCUGUUCAAUCGGGUUGUUUGCUGUGGGGGAGGAGAGUGAUUGUGCCACAGUCAUUGCGUGCUAAAAUGCUUGCGCAACUGCAUGCAGGUCACAGUGGUAUUGUUAAAAUGAAAGAAAUGGCGAGAAGUUAUUUUUGGUGGCCAGGAUUAGAUAAACAGAUCGAAGAGACGGUAAAAAGUUGUUCAUCUUGCCAGAAGAUUGCUAUCGAUGCCCAUAGUAAGUGGCCAGAGGUAGCUAUCAUGAAAUCAACCACAUCGGAAAAGGCAAUUGAGAAGUUAGGGGAGAUGUUUAGUCGUUUCGGAGCCCCUGCACAACUCGUCUCAGACAACGGGCCCCAAUUUGUGUCAAAAGAAAUGGUUGAAUUCCUGCAAGCCAAUGGGGUUCAACACAUUAAGUCGGCUCCCUAUCACCCGGCAACCAAUGGCUUGGCAGAGAGGUUUGUGCAGACCCUCAAACAUGCUCUCAAAGCAUCACAAGUGCAAAGUACACUCCAUCAGAGACUACACGAAUUUCUCCUCAAAUACCGAACAUCUGUGCAUGCAACUACCAAAGUAUCGCCUGCGAGCCUCAUGUUUUCUCGAGAGAUACGAACUGGCAUGGGUCUUCUGAAACCACCAACCCUGAGCGAGAUUGUUCAAAUGGAUCAACGGAAGCAAGUCAAGUACAGAGACCUGCAUUCCAAGAACCGAGUUUUUGCACCUGGUGACUCUGUUCUGGCCCGGAGUUACCAGAGUAAGGAAAAGUGGGCCCCUGCCACCAUCAUUGCUCAAACUGGGCCUGUUUCCUACACCGUUCAGACAGCUGAUGGUGUUUGGCGUCGCCAUGUGGAUCAAUUGUUGGGAACACCAGACACUACUCCAGAACUGUCUAUUGAUUGUGAUGAUACUGGCAGUGUAACUAUACCAGAAAUGUCUAGCUUACCGGAUGUGCCAAAAAUACCAGAAAUGUCUAGCUUACCGGAUGUGUCAAACCCAAACAAUCCCGCUGUAAUGGUGUCUAAUUCAACCAAUGCACAAACGGAACCUGAAACGGUAUCGGAACCUGUUUCCACAAGUGGGAAAUCGGAAGUGACUGUUGAAUGUCGUUAUCCUGCACGCGACAGGCGACCACCUGAUAGAUUGGAUUUAUAAGUAAUGAGGGGAAAACAGGAGGUAUUUUUGUGUUUAUUUCUGGGACAUGUUAUGUAAGGGGGGAGGAGAUGUGACAUAUUAAUGUCACACUGCUGUUGCUAUAGUGUGCACUUCCUGUGGGUGUGGUAUCACAGUAUAAAAAGGAAUCUCUGUUAUGUCUCUGUGACAUAUAUGAUGAGAAGCACACUGAAUAAAGAAGUGUUGUUCCAUUCAA